AUGUGGCCGGAGAACUGUUUGAAAGCAAAAUGUGAUAAAGUAUAUUUGCAUAAAUGCCCCGAGGAUUCUCGAUUAGUCAUUCCAGCACCACCAGAAGGAGAAUGUUGCGCACCACCCGGCGAAUGUCAUUGUGAUGUGCAGAAGUGUUAUUCAUUGGUACCAUUAUGCGAGAAAGGUCUUGAAAGAGUACGAGUAAAAGAAGGUAGUAAUGAACCAGGCCACUGCUGUGAUAUCUUUGAAUGCAAACAGCCAGAAUUACGCUGCGAAAAUGUUCAUUGUGACCAUCAUCUUACAGACUUCGAAGAUAUGGAAUGUCCUGAAGACAGCGUACGAGCUGCAAGUUAUGUUCCCACGGGAGCGUGCUGUCCUAUAGAUUCUGGAUGUCGAUGUCGUGCUUCAAUUUGCAUGCCAGCAAGUUGUCCAGAAGGUCAGAAAGUGAAAAUUUUACAGAAAGGAGAUGGAACACCGGGGCGUUGUUGUGAUCGAUUCACCUGCGAACCAGGUGAUGAAUUGCGAAGUGUUGGUGGUAAACGAUGUCCGUAUAAUGGCGAGACUUAUGAUGAUGGCGAACAGUGGCACACAAAUAGCUGUGAAUUAUGCAAAUGUAAAGGUGGUAUCGCUUUGUGCAGCAGAAUGACGUGUCCUAAUCCUCCGUCACAUUGUACUUGGGUAGCUAUUCCGGAAAAUGAAUGUUGCCCAAUUUGUCUUGGCUGUCAAGCAGACGGUGAAAAGCAUAAACGAAACGAAACUUGGCAAAAAGAUGAUUGCACAAGUUGUUCAUGUGGUCCAGAUGGUGUCCAUUAUUGUCAAAGGCAUAUGUGUCAAGUAGAAUGUGAUAAUCCUAAGAAAAUUCCUGGUCAAUGCUGUCCUGUUUGCGAUGAGCCAAUAAUAAUUGUAAAUCCAGCAAUUUGUCCAUCGCUGGAACAUUGUCCAUUACGAUGUGAAAAUGGUUUGAUCAGAGAUUCACAAGGCUGCUUUCAAUGCAAAUGCGCACCUGUACAAAAAUUAGCAAGUACAAAUUGUCAAGAACUUAGCGAUGUUAAUUGUGAUAAAAUUUGUGCUCAUGGAUAUUUGCGAGACGACAAAAGUUGUGCUGUAUGUAAAUGUGCUAAAUGUCCUCCACUUCAUCAAUGCUACAAGCAUUGUUUGUAUGGAUUUGAAAAUAAUAACAAUGGUUGUCCAGUAUGCAAAUGUCGAGGUUACCUUUACCUUUUUAUAAAAUUCAGUAUAUUAAUUGAUAAGCUUAUUUUUCACUCUCCUCAAAAUAUACUGCAUAAUAUAUUUAUAAAUCACUCUUAA